AUGCUGACGACACAUUUGCCAUUCUUAAUGGGGCCGACAAUGCUGAAUUUGAAGAUCGAUCCGUUGAUUCAGACAAGUGCUGUGACAGGGCUUGGCUUGCUGUUCGCCCAGACUGGUCAUACGAAUGUUGUCAACAAACUUCUUAACGAGAUAGGCAAGUCCCUACGAGCUGAUGAAGAGCCAUCGCCAGAACUGUCGGCUUAUAAGCUGAGCGCCGGCUUCGCAAUCGGAUUAAUAUGUCUGGGUUUAGGAGAUGAAAUUGCAGCUGCAAGGCCGCCUUUCAAACAACCCCUACCUUCGAUACCGGAUCGACUUCUGGUUUUGAUGCUUGGUGGACCCAGGAAUCAAUGCGUGUUUAUUCAUCCACAAUUGAUUACCUGCCCUGAUGUCAACACUGCCGCGCCUGCUCCUCCGCAAGAGAACCGAUCGAAUCAUGUUAGGGAAGGUCCAAACGUGAAUGUGCACAUGACAGCUCAUCCAGCCACCAUCGCUCUUGGGUUAAUGUACAUGCGAACGGGUAAUACAGCGAUUGCUAGAGAGUUGGAGUUACCGGCUACGAUAUCGAUGUUGGAAGAGAUUCGCCCAGAUGUGAUUUUUGUUAGGGUUCUGGCUCGAUCACUAGUACUUUGGGAUAUGAUGCAACCAACCUGUGAAUGGAUUGAUAAGCAGAUUCCUGAUAUCAUUCACGAAUAUGCUCAAACGGUAUUGAAGUUCCCGUCCACAGUUGAAGUAGAUAUCACAGAUGAAGAGCUAGCCUAUUGGGAUGAAGUUGUUGAUAGAGAGACAAUCGCUGAGGUGUACCUAUACGCGAUGACAGGUGCUUGCUUUGCUAUGGCUCUGAAGUAUAGUGGUACGAUAGGAGAAACUCAAGAACGUGUCCUCAAAAUAUUGGUAUGA